AUGGAGUGCCUAGGUGUUCCUAUUGACUAUCGACUGCGGCGAGUGAUUCGUGAGGCAAGACGUAUCGAUAGGGACAAGGAAAAUUCCGACCAUAUUCAGCUUCUUCAUAGCUUUGGAUUAUCUCUAGAGGUUGACGAGAGUGACUACCCGAUAUGUGACCUGAGCUUCGGACUCGAAAUGGCGCGACCAGAAUUGAAGGGUGGUGUCCUUAUUGUACUGGAACGGCCUCAUUCGAAAUAG